UGAUGAUGAUCUUCGACGAGAAGAAGCAGUAUCUUGGAUGCUCUGACGCCUACGGUAACGAGACGACGUUGAAGAAGGGCUCGUAUGUUGUUCGUGCUCAAGUGCGCCACGAAGAUGUGAACAAACUGGAGAAAUUCAAGCAGAUGAUUCUGGUCUUAGAACACGAAGUUAAAGAGAUAAAUGCCUCGGUGUUUGGACAUCAAGACGACGUCGCAUUGGGUGGCAAAGCGCUGGACAAGAAGAGCUUGGCUACUGGCAAAUACGUGCCUCUGUUUAUCGGAGAACCUGCCCAUGACAAGCUUCCUGCCGGUAGUACCGUUGGUGACGUUUUGAUGGGAAAAAUCCACUUUGGCCAGAAGGACGGCACGAUCAAAGGGUAAG